AUGCGCUCACACAACUCGAUUGCAAACAAUCUUUCUGGUAAAACCGUGUUGAUUACCGGGGCCUCUUCCGGAAUCGGUCGCAGUACUGCGCUCGAACUCGCUCGUUCAUCACCAAAUAAUCUGAAGCUUAUUGUUACAGCGCGAAGGGUGGGCCGACUCCAUGAACUCGCCGCCGAAAUAGAGAAUGAAGUUGGCGAUGGCGUGAAAGUUUUCGUGAUGGAACUUGAUGUCUCAAGACCGGAAGAGAUCGAGGCGAUGUUUGGAGAGCAAGGGCUACCAGACGAGUUCCGCGACGUGGAUGUGCUGGUCAAUAAUGCAGGCUUCAUGUCAGGUGUCGAACAAGCACCCGACAUACCGACACACGUGAUUCAGGAUGUUUGGGCAACGAAUGUGCAAGGUGUGAUCAACAUGACGCAAGCAGUGAUGAAGAUAUUCAAGAGGCGGCCAGACGGCGGCAAGGGCGAUAUUGUGAUGUUAGGAAGUAUUGCUGGGCGAGAGGCUUAUGUUGGUGGAUCGAUAUACUGCGCUAGUAAGGCAGCGAUCCGGGCCUUCACUGAUGCGUUAAGGAAAGAGUCGAUCAGCACACGUAUCCGAAUCAUUACAGUAGAUCCUGGACAAGUCUUGACAGAGUUCAACGACAUCCGGCAUCGCUUUGACAAAGAGAAAGCAGAUAAGGUCUAUGCCGGUUGCGAUCCACUCACUCCAGAUGAUGUUGCUGAACUCAUAGUAUUUGCAUGCAGUAGACGGGACAAUGUCGUCGUUGCAGACAUGCUCGUGUUCCCGAAUCACCAGGUAAUGGGCCUGAUCAGCUGA